AUGUGUGGAGAUACUCUCAUCACGUACACUAUAGAUAAUAUUCCUUGUGGCAAGAGUAAGGGCAAAGGAUUUGAUGAGACGAGAACCAAGCACCAAAAGUGCUUCCUCAAAGAAGGCCAAGUUCUCGAAGACGGCCGAACUUUCCGCCACGGCUCCAGUCGCACCCGUCACGUCCAUGAAUUUGAACGCGACCCCCAUGGACCCCAAGUACGUUGGGAGCGAUGGGAGCGCAAGAACCGUGAGCAGCCCCGCAUGAGAAGCGAUAGCCUGGAGGCCAACGUCAGUGCUGGCGAGGACAGGAUGAAAACAGAAACUGAUGAUGGUGAUGAUGGUGACAGCCACAAGGAGCGAGACCCGAGAGUUAGGGAAUGGCAAGAGAAGACGAAGAAGUCUCGAGAGCCGAGAGUUAGGAUCGAGAAGGAAGUUCAGAAGGAACAACCGGCAGCGGGACGAAAGACUGUUAAUCAUGUUCUUUGCGAACCUCCCAGCGACGACGAAGAUUUGAGUGAUGAUGAAUGGCCGGUCUCAGAACCCAAAAUCAAAAUCGACACCGGCGAUACCGUCCCCUGGUCCUCCACCCCCUCGCGCUCCUUCUCCGACCCCACAGUCGCCAACGACACCAGCAACCAAGCAACCGGUACCUCAUACAGUCGAGUCAAGAGCCGCGAUGACGGCAGCUACCACAAAGGAAUCCAAGCAGCCGACACCUGGCGACCUCCCCCCCGCAUCGAACGCCCCACCACCCCCUUCAACUUCGCCACUCCCGCCACCGGCACCCACACCUACAUGAAUUCCGCCCCGUACUCACGUCACGAUACUCGCUCUCCUUACAAUGGUCCCAAUACGCAUCUUGGUUCUCCCAAGUCCAAGUCCAAGGGUUCGGGUCAUGGUCACGGGAAAGGUAAAGCGCCAAAACACGAUAAUUAUCGACCUCACUAUCCUGCUCAUUCACCUGAUGUAAAGAGCGCUUUUUACGCUAGUGCGCAGUACCAAUUCUCUACUAAUGCCAAUGGUAAUGCAAACGCAAACGCAAACCCAAAUGAUCUCCCACCCUACUCACCAACCUCCUCUUCACUCCUCACGCCCUACGGCCUCGCAUCCGAAACAGCAGGCUACAGCGGACCAUCUGGCUACGCGCCAUUGCCAUUCGGCGAUUUAAGUACGGCCAGCGGAUACAUUGGUUAUGGUCCUGCAUAUGCAGACAACCGGAGUGUAUAUGGAAAUUUCGGUGCAGUGGAGAGUUAUGAGCGGGAGAAGAGGAAUGUUGGGGGUGAGAAGAAUGGAAAUGGAGAUAGGGAUAGGGGUGAGGAAGUAUCAGGAGCGAGAAAAUUGAUUGGGGAACAUAUGAGUGAUGUGAUGGAUGAGGACGCAAAGAAGGCUGUGGAAAAUACGCAUGCGCAUAGGGCUCAGAACGAUGUUGAGAUGGGAGGCGAGUGA